AUGCAAUCGAAGAUUAACAGCUUCUUUAAGCCAUUUUCUUCUUCUUCUUCUUCAUCGAUUACGCACAAGAGUGUAGAUUCAUCUCAAAUUGUCAGUGAUGAUUUCGAGUAUAAGAAGGUACAACCAGAAAUUUUGGUUACAUACCAGCGAAGACCUCAAAAUUCAAAUGGGCAAAUGAAUGGGGCAUCAACUGGCGAAGCAUCCAAGGAAAUAGACUUGGAGGUGCCAAACUUGGAGGUGGCAAAGUCCAGGAAAAUUCUGAAUAAGAAGAGAAAGUAUGCCCAAUUCUAUUUGGAACUCGGGCAGUCUGAUUUUUUAUUGCAUACUUGUACUAUCUGUGGAUUCAAAUAUGCCAAAGGUGAUGAAGAGGAUGAAAAGUUUCAUAAAACGUUUCACAAGAAUUAUACGCAUGGUAUUCCAUUGAAGGGUUGGCGGAAUGAAAGAAUUAUUCGAAUUCCUUCACUUGAAAUUGGGCGAAUUAUCUUGGUGCUGGACGAUGACCCUACUCCUCAGAAAAACAAGGUAAAGGAAGUUGUGAAGAUGAUGGAGAUGGAACUUGGAGAUGGGUGGAUAUAUCAUCAGCUAUGCAAGGUGUAUCUGUUUAUAUCUUCUCAAAGAGUAUCUGGAUGUCUGGUAGCAGAGCCCAUUAAGAGGGCUUAUAAGAUACUCUCAAUGCCAGAAGGUAGCAGGUGUAAUGUCUCACCUGAGAAGGAAGCAAAACAGACUUCAACCACGCUCCAAUUUGGAGGAGUGAGUUUCCAGAGGGAAAUGGUAAGAAGAAAUCAACCAACCAAAAGCUGUGAAGAGUCUGAUGAAAGCAUCAGUGGAAUAGUGUUGUGUGAGAAGGAAGCUGUAUCUGCGGUAUGUGGCAUUAGAGCCAUUUGGGUCACUCCCUCCAACAGAAGAAAGCAUAUCGCCAGCUAUUUACUUGAUGCUGUUAGGGAAAGUUUUUGCAAGGAUUUAGGUCUUAAACGGUCCGAGUUAGCCUAUUCUCAGCCAACCUCAGCUGGAAAGGCCUUCAUCUCGAGUUAUACAAGGAGCAACUCAUUCUUGAUUUAUACAACUUCUGAUUUAUAGUAAGGACCUGAGAAAUAGUCCUUAAGAAAUCUUCCCGCGAAGUAGUCUCCCAGAAGGAACUACAACUCUGCAAUAAAGAUUGAUGUAAAGGCGUAUCCUUUGGCAGCAAUAGAAGCUUUCUUCUUUUGCUUUUUCGCAGAAGACAAAGCAUCAACGACAGUCAUAGGAACAAGAUGUUUCUUCUCAGCCUUUCCUGGAGUUCAAGAAGCUUAAGCUUGCCUGAUUACAAUCUGUCUCGCGGAAACCGGUAGUAAAAGUACUGGGACUGAUGACCUUAAUAGGAUAUUCUCCUUCAACCUUUGGCUACAUUAGCAUAUAUUAUAAGAGAGUAGAUGUUUUUUUGCUGUAUAUUUAUGCAAAAUCAUAGGACUUUUAUGCUUAAUGUGCAUUGCAUUGAAGCAAGAAGUUUGGAAUUUUUUGGUUAUGAUGUUUACACACUGAAGAUUGUUGAUUGCUCUUUCUUUUGAAUUGAGCAUUGGU